AUGCAGGUAUCUUACUGGAAAUUUUUUUUGGUCGUUUUUGCUGUGCUAUCAAGCACUGUUUCCGCGCUUCACUUUGACAUUGCAGCUACGACUAAACCCGAACCAUUUUGUGUUCGUGAUUUUGUGAGUGAGGGCCAAUUAGUGGUUAUAGAUAUUACGACUAGUGGCUCCUCCAAUGACGGUCAGACUUUGAACCUGUAUGUGCGUGAUUCGCUAGGAAAUGAGUACCGUAGAAAGAAGGACCUUGUGGGCGAAGCUCGUAUCGCGUUUACUGCCCCCUCAACUACUUCAUUCGACGUCUGCUUGGAGAAUAUUGCUUCAUACUCUGGUAGAUCCAUGAGCAGAGCCGUGGAGCUGGAUAUCGAGAGUGGAUCGCAGGCCCGUGACUGGAACAUGAUCAGUGCUAGCGAGAAGCUGAACUCUGUGGAAGUGGAACUACGUAGAAUUGAAGAAUUGGCUGACGAGAUCGUCGAUGAAUUGACUUAUUUGAAGAACAGGGAGGAAAGACUAAGAGAUACAAAUGAAUCUACUAACAGAAGAGUGAGAAACUUCUCGAUCCUAGUCAUCUUGGUUCUGAUUGGUCUAGGUGCAUGGCAGAUUAAUUACUUGAAGAACUACUUCAAGUCCAAGCAUAUCAUCUAA